AUGCUGGAGCUCCUGGUUUACCUCAACGGCCCCGAGCCCGUGGCCCGGUUCCAGAGACGCUGCGGACUCUUCCUCGUGGACAGCCGGGGGAGGACGCGCGGUCCGGCCCGAGCCGACACCAAACCAUGUGGGCAGGUGCAGAGAGAAAGGGUCCACCAGGACAACCCCUCCGAAUACAAACAGAACGGAUGUGUUGUUGGCGGCUGCAGCAGGCCUCAGUAUGAGGUGAGGAACUGGCUGCUGCACGUCCUAUUCCUGUGCUCAUCAGCCCUGGGUCAUGAAAUCUUCUACAUCACCUGUCUGCCCUGCAUACACUGGAACCUGGACCCAUUCCUGUGCCGACGCCUCAUCAACAUUUGGACUUUGGUGAUGUAUGUCGGCCAGGUGAUGAAGGAUGUGCUGAAGCUGCCUCGCCCUCCUUCACCCCCUGUGGUGAAGCUGGAGACACGUGUUGAUGCAGAGUACGGGCUGCCCUCCACUCACGCCAUGGCUGCCACUUCCAUCUCCUUUACCAUUUUACUGAGCGCCCCAGCAAGGCUACAGUUCCAGUUCGAGACGGGUCUGCUGAUUGCAGUGACGCUGUCGUCCUUGGUGUGUCUGAGCCGCCUCUAUACUGGCAUGCACUCAGUUUUGGAUGUGAUCUGUGGCGCUUUAAUCUCUGCCCUCCUCAUGCUUUUCACCUAUCCUUACUGGGAAACCUUCGACCACUUUCAACUCACCAGCCGCAUCUCCCCCAUCGUGGCGUUGGCACUGCCCCUGUUCCUCAGUUACACAUACCCAGAGCUGGACCACUACAGCACCACGCGCGGAGAUACCACCACCAUCCUCGGGGUGGCGGCUGGAAGCUCAGUGGGAUACUGGGUGAACGAGCAGCUCGGGCAGACUUUUGAGCCCCAAGGUGUGUUACCUGUACCUCUACCCACACUGACAGCUCAUGGACUGGCAGUAACCAUAGCCCGCUGCCUGUUAGGAAUUGUGGCACUUGUGGGAACACGGCAGAUAGUGAAAGCACUGAGUCUGCGUGUGUUAUAUUCAUGGUACAGAGUGCCAAGAAGUGAUGAAAGUGCCAGGAGGAGGAGAGAAAUUGAAGUGCCAUAUAAGUUUGCUACAUAUACGGGUGUUGGACUUGUUCAUUGUAUAUUGGUCAAUAGAGCCUUCCUUCUGCUGGGGCUGUUUUGA